AUGGCUGCACCUCCUGCUCACCAUCACCCCGAGCUGCUGUCAUGGAAUAAGCCAGACAGCCCUAAGCUGCCGGCAGCUCCCGACCCCGGGGAAGGAGCAGAGGAUCCGCUGUCCCUCGGCCAGCCCCGCUCCGCCCCGCAAAUGAGGCAAAGCCCACGGAGCGGGGCGCGAGUCCGGGUGGAAGAAGCUUCGGGAAAUACUUGGGGUCGUGUUGCCGAAGGGUGUGACCCCGCCGCCUGCACUCUGAAAGGUCCCCCUGUCCGCACAGAGGGUCCCGCACAGAGGAUCCCGCUGCCCACUCGGAGGGUCCCGCACAGAGGGUCCUUCACCUACCCGGAGGGUCCUGCACAGAGAGAGGGUCCCUCGCACGCCGGGUCCUGCACGCCCAGAGAAUCCCGCACAGCCAGAGGGUCCCCCCCCACCCGCAGGGAGGAUUCCGCACAGGGGGUCUUGUCCGGAGGGAGCCCGCACACCCGGAGGGUCCCGCAUACCCCGAGGGUCCCGCACAGAGGAACACACCCGGAGGGUCCUGCAGACCUGGAGGGUCCCGCACACCCCGAGGAUCCCGCACAGGGCAUUCCACCCGGAGGAUCCCGCACCCGGAGGGUCCCUCACACAUCGAAGGUCCCGCACAGGGGAUCCCACCCAGAGGGUCCCGCACAUCCGGAAGGUCCCACUCGGAAGGUCCCGCACACCCGGAGGACCCCGCACAGGGGAUUCCACCCGGAGGACCCCGCACAUCCCGAGGACCCCGCACGAACGCGGCGGUUCCGCGGCCCGCAGCGCUCUCUGCCGGCCGCUGCCGCCCCUGCGCCCCGCAGCGCUGGGCCGGGGGUGCGGGAGGAGCGGGGGGUCCUGGUGGGCUCCGCAAAGAGCCAGUGGCAAACUCAGGGGCGACAACUCACAGGAAAGGGGGAAGCGGGGAGCCAGGGCUCGUGCCGUUGUACGGAAAAGCAGGACUGA